CAUGCAAGAGCAAUGCAGAUGUGAUGCGUUUUUAGCUUUUCAUCAUUGCACUGCAGCUGAGGCUGUUGUGUCUCUCCAUCCAUCCGUCCCCCUCCUCUUACAGCGAUGGGGAAAAAUAAAAUAAGAAUCCAAUCUGUGUUACAACAGAAAGGACUCAGAAGGAGAUGCGUGGAGAGAAUUAGAAAAGACAAAAAAAAAAAAGAACAGUAGCAUAUCCUCUGAUGACAAGAGAAGAGAGCGGUUUACCUGUGAUGAAGGAGAAAGGGUGGAAAAAAGGGCGAGGAAGGAAAGGAGAGACAGAGGUCGACAUUUUAGAGGUAGAUAACACAAGGAAGGUGAAGUUCAGGAGGUAUAGAGUGUCAAAGGAUCAGCAGAUAGCUGUCAGGGGCAGAGGUGCAGGAACUCAAUCCCAGAGCCAAGACAACAGAUGAUAAUAAAACCUCCUCACCUGAGCUCACCAGAAGACAGAAAUGAACAGAAGCAUCAGGAAAACAGGCAGAGGAAACACAAGGAGCUAAAAAAGCAGAAGAAAGGAAGAACUGAGCUCUGUUUCUGCUCUGCCUUCAUUUUAUGCUACAGUUUUUUUUCCUUUUUUAUGUACCUCAAAAGUAGAGAAUGGUGGAACAUUUUCUCAAAGCACAAUCUGACAAGUUCUCUUUUAUUUAGCAGAGUUUGGGAGGACUUCUCAAGAAGCGAGCUGAAAUAAAAACCAAGCAGCCGUGGUGCAGAGGAGAGGAGUGAAGGGAAGAGAGAGGGCGAGGGAGGGGGAGGAAGGAGAGAGCGUGGUGUCUGCGCGUCUGAGCCUGUCACAGCGAGAUGUUCAUGCUCAUUCGAGAGCCGUCCGCCGGAGCAGGCGGUGGAUCAAUGAGCACACCACCGGAGAGGAGCGCCAAGCAGAUUCAGGCCUCGAUCAAGAGGAAGAUGGAGAGGCAGAAGAGGCGAAGCAUCGAGCAGGGCAUGCUCAUGGCUGAGGGUCUGGGCGCCACCCACAUGCCUCCGCAGCGUCAGAGAUUCAGACAGCCGCCCCAGACGACGGCAGCAGAGGCGGCUGAGGACAGCGAAGCGCUGGAGGAGCAGCUGGAGGAGCAGCUGGAGGAGAUGCUGGAGGGACGCCGCAGGACCAGCGAAGAGAAAGAGGAGGAGGAAGACUCUGCAGACCUGCUGCCCAUUGUAAACUCAGUGUUUGGACAGGACAGAGAGCUGAGGCCAGAGGAGCUUGAAGAGCUCCGCAUGGCGUUUGUGGAGUUUGACAAGAACAAGAAGGGCUACAUCAGUCACAGAGACCUGGGGGAGUGCAUGAGGACGAUGGGAUACAUGCCCACCGAGAUGGAGCUCAUCGAACUGAGCCAACAGAUCAGCGGAGGCAAGCUUGACUUUGAGGAUUUUGUGGAGCUGAUGGGCCCAAAGCUGCUGGCAGAGACAGCAGACAUGAUCGGAGUCAAAGAGCUACGAGACGCAUUCAAAGAGUUUGACUCCGACGGUGACGGUCAGAUCAGUUUGACGGAGCUGCGUGAAGCCAUGAAGAAGCUGAUGGGCGAACAAGUGACCAACAGAGAGAUCAGCGAGAUCCUAAAGGACGUCGACCUCAACGGAGACGGCCAGGUGGACUUUGAGGGUAAGAGAGAAUUUCGACGCGACCAUUUCAGCAUCCAUGUUUGCAUUCAUUUCUCUGGUUUUCUCAGAGUUUGUGCGGAUGAUGUCUCGGUGAUCAGCCCGGCUGCCCCGGAGACGACGCAGGGAAAGGGAACACUGUACUGCAGUGAACUUUAUUUUUAUUGUGAUAAACAUAUAUAUUUUUGUAUUAAAUAGUGACACGGGAAAAUAUAUAACAAAGGUGAAUGAAAGAAUACGAACAGCAGUGCAAUACAUAUCAGUUUUACAAAAGAAAAGUGUAUAAUUUCCUGUUUUUUAACACAUUUUUAUAUGUGAGUGGUUGGU